AUGCCUCUGACAGACAAAUUGCUGGUGAUCACCGUGGCUACGGCAGAGACAGAGGGAUACCGGCGUUUUCUGCAGUCUGCGGAGUUUUUUAACUACACUGUACGGACCCUGGGCCUGGGGCACGAGUGGCGAGGAGGUGAUGUUGCUCGAACAGUUGGUGGAGGCCAGAAGGUCAGGUGGCUAAAGAAGGAAAUGGAGAAAUAUGCAAACCGGGAGGACAUGAUCAUUAUGUUUGUAGAUAGCUACGAUGUGAUUCUGGCCAGCAGCCCGGCAGAACUGCUGAAGAAGUUUGUUCAGAGUGGCAGUCAUCUACUGUUCUCCGCCGAGGGCUUCUGCUGGCCUGAGUGGGGGCUGGCAGAGCAGUACCCUGAGGUGGGCAUGGGGAAGCGCUUCCUCAACUCUGGUGGAUUCAUUGGCUUCGCUCCCACUAUCCAUCAAAUUGUCCGCCAGUGGAAAUACAAAGAUGAUGAUGAUGAUCAGUUAUUCUACACUCGACUGUACUUGGACCCAGGACUGCGGGAGAAACUCAAACUUAAUCUGGACCAUAAAUCCCGGAUCUUCCAGAACCUCAAUGGAGCCUUAGAUGAAGUGGUCUUAAAGUUCGACCAGAAUCGUGUGCGCAUCCGAAAUGUGGCCUAUGACACUCUUCCUGUUGUGGUCCAUGGAAAUGGUCCCACCAAGCUCCAGCUCAACUACCUGGGCAACUAUGUCCCCAAUGGCUGGACUCCCCAGGGAGGCUGUGGAUUCUGCAACCAGAACCAGAGGACACUCCCGGGGGGGCAGCCUCCCCCCCGGGUACUUCUGGCCGUGUUUGUGGAGCUCCAGGCCCACUUCUCAGCUGCAAAGCUAGUAGGGCCAGAGGAAGCACUGAGCCCAGGGGAGGCCAGGGACAUGGCUAUGGAUAGCUGUCGGCAGGACCCCAAGUGUGAAUUCUACUUCAGCCUGGAUGCUGAUGCUGUCCUUACCAACCCGGAGACCUUGCGCAUCUUGAUUGAACAAAACAGGAAGGUAAUAUGCCCCAUGCUUUCCCGCCAUGGCAAGCUCUGGUCCAACUUCUGGGGUGCCCUGAGCCCCGAUGAGUAUUAUGCCCGCUCUGAAGACUAUGUGGAAUUGGUCCAGCGGAAGCGAGUGGGAGUGUGGAAUGUGCCCUACAUAUCCCAGGCGUAUGUGAUCCGCGGGGAGACCCUGAGGACAGAGCUGCCGCAGAAGGAGGUGUUCUCUGGCAGUGACACCGACCCAGAUAUGGCCUUCUGUAAGAGCCUACGGGACAAGGGCAUCUUCCUCCACCUCAGCAAUCAGCAUGAGUUUGGCCGACUGCUGGCCACUUCUCGCUAUGACACUGACCACUUACACCCAGACCUUUGGCAGAUUUUUGACAACCCUGUGGACUGGAAAGAACAGUAUAUUCAUGAGAACUACAGCCGGGCCCUGGAUGGGCAGGGGCUAGUGGAGCAGCCAUGCCCAGAUGUGUACUGGUUCCCACUGCUGACAGAGCAGAUGUGUGAUGAGCUGGUGGAGGAGAUGGAGCACUAUGGCCAGUGGUCUGGAGGCCGGCAUGAGGAUUCCAGAUUGGCUGGAGGAUACGAGAAUGUUCCCACUGUGGAUAUUCACAUGAAGCAGGUGGGGUACGAAGACCAGUGGCUUCAGCUGCUGAGGACAUAUGUGGGGCCCAUGACAGAGUACCUGUUCCCUGGCUACCACACCAAGACACGGGCAGUGAUGAACUUCGUGGUCCGCUACCGGCCAGAUGAGCAACCCUCACUUCGGCCACACCAUGACUCAUCCACCUUCACCCUCAAUGUUGCCCUCAAUCACAAGGGCGUGGACUAUGAGGGAGGUGGCUGCCGCUUCCUGCGUUAUGACUGCAGAAUCUCAUCCCCGAGGAAGGGCUGGGCUCUCCUGCACCCUGGCCGCCUCACACACUACCAUGAGGGGCUGCCUACCACCCGGGGCACUCGAUACAUCAUGGUGUCCUUUGUUGACCCCUGACACUCAACCAGUCUGCCAAAUCUUGUCUGCCAUUGUGCCUUGUUGGGCGACUAGGGAUACUGUUCUCAGAAAGAGAGAGAGCAUCGGGCUCUUCUCAUUUCCUGAAUGUAUCUGUGUGCCUUGCACUGAAUGUUCUGCCCCCAACAUCCCUCACAGGAGGUCUCUGGGGUCACCUUCCCACUGACCCCAUGGACCCAAGGGGACUAGAUCCACCCCCCACCCCCCAGACAGGGUUUCUAUGUGUAGCCCUGACUAUCCUGGAACUUGCUUUGUAGACCAGGCUGGCCUCAAACUCACAGAGAUCCGCCUGCCUCUGCCUCCCAAGUGCUGGGAUUAAAGGUGUGUGCCACCACUGCUACCUGGCAGAAGUGGACUUCUGAGGGUUCCCUGCCUGAUAAAUUAUUGAGCUUCCAGCUUCACUUACAAUAAAAGAAUGUUUGUAACUGUUGA